AGAUUUAACAGUGAUAUAAAAUUGUGCGGUUCAUUAUUUUAAUUCGAUGUAUAAAGACAAUUUUAAAUCGGGUCAGGCAUGUGGCAUUCAAAUAGGUCACCGCUGAUUCCAAUGCCCAACCCGUUCGUAAGUUCAGGAAACUCCCUCGCACUCAAUUGGGCAAUGUGAAAGUGUUGUUAUGCGGAUGGAUGGCUGUAGUCAUGUGGAAUCAACGGAAAGUGCACGCCUACCUGCUGCUCUCCAUAGUGGCCAGCAACUGCCUCCUGAUGACCUACGCCUUUCCGCAGCAGGAGAUCUACCAGCGGCAGCACCAGGUGACCCAGUCACCUGUCUACCGGGACGAGAGUGUGGCCAGGAAGUUCGCGGUGAAGCCGAAUGCCUCGAAGAAGGUGGCCCUGGACGACAUCGAGGACGACCUGGAGACCAACCAGAUCCAGGAGAGCGUGGGCGGACCCGGCGGAUUCACCUGGUCCAACAUGCUGUCCACCGUGAUGACCAUGUUCUUCAACGGAGCCGUCAAUGCGCCCACGAAGUCGGAUGAUGUGGACACCUCCAUUGGACUGGGUGGCAGUCCCUGGGCCAAUGUCAUCUCGAUGGGUCUUCGCAUCAUCAACACCUUGCUGGGCGGUGGGGCCCCUAGCGAUGGCAUCGAUAAGGUCGACAACGGCGGAUCUCCCAUGCAGGGCAUAUUGGUGGCUGUGAUGUCUGCCGUUUUAGGCUCCAGAGACCCCGACCAAGUCAACUCGAUGGCCAAGCAAGCUGGCGAGUUCAUUCAGAUCGUGAUGAACCUGCUGGACGCCCUGAAGACCUCCUUCUCGCACCGCUCCCUGGCCGCCCGAUCGCUGGGCAAGCGGGACUCCGUGAGCGACGCCGUCGUCGCCGGGAUCUCGCUGAUGAAGGGCUACGUCCGCACCUACCGCAGCUCCGAGGACAAGUGCACGCAGCGGUACAUGUGCGACGCCAACACGGAGUGCGUCCGCGAGAUCGGCGGCAGCAGCAUCUUCUGCCAGCUGGGAUCGUAUGCCACCAGCUAUGUUCUUGGCCGCAGCAGCGGCAGCAACUUCGAGGAACUUUACGACGCCGGACGCAGAGGUCGCUCCGGAUUCGACUGUCGCCAGGUCUAUCUGGAGUGCAACGAGGUCUAGACUUCCCAGUGCCCACAACUGGACUCUCUCUAAACUAAUUUAAAUUAAUUUAUGACUUCCACCUAGAUGUUAGCUAUUUAUAUUAUUUAUUUAAAAUUCUGUACUUAUGGUCGCCGGCCAUGCGACUGGCUUUUAAGUUGAAAAACAAUACCUUUAAAAAUAAAUGCA